AUGAAGAUCGCCGUCUUCCUCGCUACCCUCUUCACCACUCUCCUCCCCCUGCUGGCCUCGGCCAUGCCGGUCAUGAAGAAGCCUCAUGCCCGCGACGAGGGCAACGGCGCCUUCACCGUCAUGGCCCUCCGCUCCGGCUCGCCCAUCCACUACCUGCCUGUCCAGGCCGGCGGCCAGCGCUUCUUCCUCGGCGGCAAGCCAUCUACCUACUGCCCGACCUUUGUCGCCAAGUGCCCGCCAGGCAACGAGACGGUGUUUAUUGAGGGCGUGUAUCUGGACACCGAAGUCCCCGGCGGCCAGCAAGUCUACGUCAACCCCCAGGGCGCCCUGGCCUUCACCCAGGCGCACUCCACCUUCACGCCUCCGGGCUCCUCCUUCGGCCCCUUCUCCUACACCCCCGGCCAGCCCUACGGCCAGUACUCGUACACGGGCCAGGGCGCCAACGGCUUCAUGGCCUGCCCGGACAAGGCCGAGAAUCCGUCUAGCUGGCAGGUGUUUGCGGCGAUCAAGAAUGCUACUGUCCCCACGGGCAAUGUCAAUGACUGCCUCGACUUUGUUGCUGUGACGGUUCCGUAUAAUUGGUCGAUUCCGGCGUGGCAGUAUGUCUAG